AUGCUUACGCCUCGCGACUGCCAGUGUGGACAUGCACAUGGUGAUGAUCAUGAGGAUGAUGGAAGUAAUGCAGAAGAUACUCAGCAGACACCGUCAUUAGCCUUUCAACUAUGGCAUCCUUUGCGGUUAAUUGUGAUGAAUCCGAUGCCAGUUCUUAUAGUGUUUAUAAUUGCCAAUGCCGUGUUCGUAACAGUCGGAGGGCUCUUCCGUCUAUUGACCCAGUUGCUAACCUUUCCUGGUCUACUUCUUGUACUUUUAUUGGGUAUUCUACUUGCCAUUCGACGUGUAGCUUCGCUUAUGACCUUUCCUGGUCAGCUUAAGCUUGUUAUUCGAGAGGGAGAAGCUAAUUUUGCUCGACUAACAAAACGCCGACUCCAAAUUUUCAUCGAAGCAGCAAAUGAAUUAGCAACCGUUUUAGACCCAACGACGGGCACUAAAGUUAUGAGACUUCGCUUUUUGCAAGUUCAUCAGAAUUUUACAUUUGCUUUCGAGACUUUAAUGCUUCCAGUGAUGCAGUCAUUAGAAAUUAUGGACCGGAGUACGCAAUUAGGCAAAAAUGGUGCCAAGUUACUGCGAAUUUUACGUGAUCUUGACAAAAUUAACGCCCAGGAAAUGUCAACAGCAUGUUCAAAAUUGUGUGCUGCGUCGGACAAGACGUUUGAGGCGCAGUUGUCAGCAAUUUUUCAAGAUGAAAACAAGACGGAAUCGACUCUAAAGACUCGUGAGCAUUCACGAAUGAAUUUGUUUGGAAAUUUGUCUAAACCAGCGCUCAAGAGGUCAACGACAGUCGAUACAGCAUCACGAGAGGCAGAAGCUGCUGCAAAGUUGAAACCUACAGAAGCGGCACAUACGUUGGUGAGUUUUACAAUGGCGUUACGCCGUCUUCAAAAUGCUAUGAUGCUUAUAGGAAGACCACAAAGUGAUACGCCAUCAACAAGAACUGUGACGUGGAUCUUAAGGGAGUUAUGCCGUGGCUCGAGUCCAGAAUACGAUUCAAUUGCAACGCUUGAGAUGCUUCGUGCAGACAUGACAGUGCGCUUUAAAGCUGAGCAGGUUUGGAUUUCUGGCUACCAAAACCAUCAAGUGGAUGCAAUGCUCAUGCCACCUGCUACAGGUGGACGUGAAGCUAUCAAUCGUCCGGUGGUGAUAUUGUGCAACCCAAACGGUGGGUUGUACGAACUUCAUCAUCUCCAGAUGGACUGGAUCAAGUUCUACACGUCCGAGUUGAAUUGUCACGUACUGGUGUACAAUUACCGCGGUUACGGACGUUGUAAAGGCUCGCCGUGUCCUCGUCUGCACAAUCUCGAUGGACUUGCGAUAGUUGAGUAUCUCAAGAAUGAACGUGGCCUCCAGCGUAUUGCCGUCCACGGUGAAUCGAUUGGUGGUCUUGUAGCUACAUAUUUGGCUCGUCACUCUCCGCACGUGAAUGUGCUGAUUGCAGACCGAACAUUCUCCACGUUACCGGCUCUUGCAGAGCGAAUGAUUGCGCGCUGGGCGGGAAAUGCUGUCGAGUUGAUCAUGCGCUGGGAGACGGAUAAUGUGCAGAAUUAUGUUCAUGCGACGUGUGCCAAGCUCUUGUGUUCAGAUCCGGGUGAUGAUAUUAUCUUAGACGGGGCGUCACUUAAAUCUGGGGUGGCGCUGCGUUUCGAGUUAAAGGAUCAGACACUAACGCUGCCUCGACAACGAAAAUCGGAUGGCUCGCCCUCUUCCCUUUCACCCACUAGCACAAUUCAAAAACUUCGAUCGCGGUGUGGCGCUCGAAGUGCUCGUCGCGUGAGCGAAGCUGCAUGUCUUCCACAACUUGGAGAACCACUGAAUGAGACUAUGACUGCUCGCUUCAGUGACGCAGUAUUAUCGAUCGGCAGACGUGCAUUCGCGUACACGAUUCGACGCGAUAAGAAACAGGCUGAAGGUGACGGCCAAAGUGUUGCAGACGCCACCAGGACUGCCCAGCAAUCUACAACACCGAGUCACGUAGUCAUUUCCUUGCAAGAGGUAGAAGGAGGGUCCGUAAAUGAAGACGAUCAAGAGCAGCAUUCGAUGCUAUCAACGGAGCUGGAUGAUACCGUGACGUCAGCUUUUCCUGAAGAAUUAUUGGCCGUCAUUUGGAUGGUGCUUGCCCGUCUGGAUGGAUAUUGUGGUCAAGUGCUACUUCAGGCUGCAGAGAACGGGGGUUAUGAUAAAAUUCGCGCAUGGACUGCGUCGUUAUUGACAUGGGGUGGCUACGUUGCUCCUGAACGUCGUAACGUACGCUCUAUUGAGCCUUUCGAUCGGAAUGGUAUUGUUAUUGUGCCAAUCAUGGUAGCAGAAGCGCGUGGUAUGUUGCUACAACUUGUGGAGCAAUAUCCACCACUGAAAUUUGAUUAUGACAUUAGCUUUGUGGUGAUGAUGAUGGAAUAUUUGAAAGACGCAUUGGAACAACGAUGGCGUCAGAUUGAUAGCAACAAUACUGAACUGAAACAGGUUUCAAAUGUCUCGACGACAAAACAAGACAAGACAAUUCCGCUAGUAAUUAAGUCGGACAAUCCAAAUCUUGGGUGGUUAUUGCCAUUGCAUUGUGGUCACAAUAAAAAUUACGAUGAUUUAGAGAAAGAGGCACUUACAGGCUUCUUGCGGCAUGUGGGGUUUCUAGAAUCGACGAAAUAA